AUGGAUGUGAGGUUUAACUUUUAUCCCCCGUGUUCAAGGCAUGAUGUCGUCCUGGGUGUGAAACCGCAUGCAGAUGGAACAAUAAUCACCCUUCUCUUGCAAGACAAACAAGUGGAAGGUCUUCAGUUUUUCAAAGACGAUCAGUGGUUUAGAUCUCCCAUUGUUCCUGAGGCGCUUCUCAUUAAUGUUGGUGAUCAGGCAGAGAUAUUGAGCAAUGGAAAAUUCAAGAGCCCUAUACACAGGGUAGUGAUAAAUCCAGACAAAGAGAGGUUCUCUUUGGCUGCCUUCUGCAUCCCUGAAUCAGAUAAAGAGAUUGAACCCUUUGAAAGCCUGGUCAAGGAGUCAACGCCGAGAUUAUACAAAAAGGUGAAAGAUUAUUCUGGUAUCUUUUUCGAAUACCACUACCAACAAGGGAGGAGACCAAUAGAAACAGCAAAAAUUUAA